CCGGAAGUAGCUUCGAUUAUUUCCCCUGUGAUGUGAGCGACUAGUUUAUCCGUAGCUGCGUGUAGUAUGGAUUGAAACUGAAACUUGUGAAGUAUUUAUUGUUAUUAAACUUACAAGAACUUCAAAAAUCGCAAUAGCACGGGCAGCGCACGAAGCCUGUUGCCAUGGUGCAGCCCAACGGGAUCAUGGGUAAGGAGCUGAAGUCGGACAUGAUUGGAGGGGAGGGGUCGAUGGGGCUCAGGGGUCAGGGGUCACUACAGAUCCCCCCAGAGCUGGCGACCAACGAGAUCGUGCAGAGAGUGAUCGCGGAGAAUCAGGAUCUGAGAGAUGCUAUCAGACAGAGUAACCAGGCUCUGCGGGAGCGCUAUGAGGAGAUGCUGUCUUUCCAGGCUCGGAGUCGGGAGGAGAGAGAAUUCCUGCUGGGAAAGUUCAGGGAGGCGCGCAGCCUGGUGGAGCGGCUGACCCGGGACAAAACCGUGCUGCAGAGACAGAACCAGGAGCUGAGGAGGAGCAUGCAGGUAACCGGGACCAGAACCAAGAACCCACACCAGAACCCAGCACAGCACAGCACA